CACGAGGGCUUUAACUGUCUAUGGGGCUGACGGGGGCGUCGAAGGCCGAUGGGUCGGCUCGUUCGGUCAGACAUCAGUGGCUUUGUAGCCUGAAUCUCGGCUGUUGGUGGAGGAGCAUGCUUGGUAACACGACACGCAGCCCUCCGGACUCGCCGAGCCACCUGGGAGGUGUUUGAACGCCUCCUCGGUCAUUAGGCUGUGCUGUUGGGGGGAGAGGAGCUGCCGUGGAUAACCUCAGUGCGGUAAAUGAGCUUUUGGAAUCAUACCAGCAGCUGAAGGACCAAACUGUCUGAAGAUCCAGUGACAAACAAAAUGCCAGAAAAAUCAACGCAAUCCUGCAGCCUCUGAAUCAUGGGAAAUGUCGAGAGCCAGAAUGGGGACCAAGCCCUCUACGGUAACGAACAUGGCUAUUUGUCACGUAAGCACGUGUCUCGGUCUCUUCGCAUCUCCAACAAGCAGUCCAGACGCUCUCGACAUGCUUCAUCAGGGAAAAUAGAGCACAGGAACUCUGAGACGAGCACACGCUCAAGUAGCACCCCCAGUAUCCCACAAUCCCUGGCUGACCAUGGACUGGAGCCUUUCAAUGAGACAGAUAUCCUCCCAGACUUCGGAAGCCCCAUUUGGGUGGACCGUGUGGCCAUGAACCUGCGGCCUGUGUCCUUUCACAACGACCUCGCCAAUCCGUCCGUGCACAUGAAUACGAUGCACCUAACCCUUCCUGGCCCCACUGCAGAGGAGGUGCAGGACGAAGAUGUGUACACGGGCGAGGUAACAUACCUCCAGAAAACUCGGGACGGCUCCAAGGAGACCGUCAACUUCAAGAAGAAAAGGUCUAAGUCUGCUGACAUGUGGCGAAAUGACAGCCUGGAGUUCUCCCUGUCUGACCUUAGCCAGGAGCACCUGACCAGCACAGAGGAGAUCAUAGACACGGCCAACGAGAGGGACUUCAUUGACUGCAAAGGACACCUGCAGUCCAGCCCCUCAGACUCCGCUGACAGGGCCAACUCCCUGGACGAGCUGUAUAGCCAGAAGAUCCCCGCCCGCCGGCAACCCCACGGCCGCUAUGCCAAGUGGCACGACGCCAACAGGGCUAUCGGGGAGCACGAAGACGAUAAGAUGCUCUCCCCAUCAGAGGAGGAUGGUAACACCUACAGUGCAUACACCCUCCCCUGCCGGCGCUCCCACUGCCUGUCCGAGGGCCUGAGCAGCCACCAAGCUGCCAUGUGUGCCAGUAUGCAGGGCAGGAGGGCGCAGACUAUACAGGAUGUCACAGCUGGGGAGGGCAGCGAGUACGAGGACAGUGGCAUCGAUGGGGUGACUGUGGAGGCCAAUCACCAGUCUCGACGCUACAAGACCAUGUCGGCCUCAUUCUCCGUGUGCUCGGCAGCCGGCAGGAGCAUGUUUGCCGGCAGCGACAGCGGCAGCAGCAGUGGCGGCGGAGCCAGCGAGUGUGUACAGGGCGUGUAUGAGAACUUUCGCCAAGAACUGGAAAGGAGCUCCUGCCAGACGGAGAGCUUGGAGGAGGCGGGGUCAGCCCUGAGUGACGAGCAGAGCACCAUGAGCUCCGCCUACCAGUCGGACCCAUUGCUCAGUGUUGCCCAGGGGAUGGUGCGCAAAGCUGGCAGGCUUGCCGUCAAGAACUUCCUCGUACAUAAGAAGAACAAGAAAGUGGAGUCAGCCACAAGGCGCAAGUGGAAGAGUUACUGGGUUUCCCUGAAAGGUUGCACUCUGUUCUUCUAUGAGACUGAUGGCCGUUCAGGGAUCGACAACACCAGUAUUCCCAAGCAUGCUAUCUGGGUAGAGAACAGUAUUGUCCAGGCGGUACCAGAGCAUCCCAAAAAGGACUUUGUGUUUUGUCUCAGCAACUCCCUGGGAGAUGCUUUUCUCUUUCAGACCUGCAGCCAGACAGAGCUGGAGAACUGGAUCACAGCCAUCCACUCGGCAUGUGCCGCUGCCGUUGCCCGCCACCACCACAGAGAGGACACGGUGCGCCUGCUUCGCGCAGAGAUCAAGAAGCUGGAGCAGAAGAUUGACAUGGACGAGAAGAUGAAGAAGAUGGGUGACAUGCAGCUUUCUGCUGUUACUGACACCAAGAAGAGGAAGACGAUCCUGGAUCAAAUCUUCCUGUGGGAGCAGAACCUGGAGCAGUUUCACAUGGAUCUAUUCCGCUUCAGGUGCUACCUGGCCAGCCUGCAGGGAGGAGAGCUGCCCAACCCCAAACGCCUCCUGGCUGUUGCCUCUCGCCCCACCAAGCUUGCAAUGGGCCGGCUGGGUAUAUUCUCUGUCUCUUCCUUCCAUGCACUGGUGGCAGCUCGCACAGAGAACGGAGUGAGACGGCGAACACAGGCCAUGUCUCGUUCCUGCAGCAAGCGCAAGAGCAGGUUCUCUUCCCUUUGGGGUCUGGACACUACCUCAAAGAAAAAAACAAAAGCCCAUCCCAGUAUCAACCAGCAGGUCUUUGCUGAUGGCAGAGAGCCAGUGAAAAAGCCUGUAGAUGGCAUACAUGUUGAUCUUGCAAAGGAACACACAAAAAGUGAGGAAGGAUGUGUGAAAAGCCUUCCACGGCCCAGCACGGAAAGUGACAUCUGGGUCCCUGACCACCUCACCCCCUCCUGGGUGUGUCUGCCAAACGACCAGCCGGUGCUAACCAUCAUCCAGCCAGGGGAGUCAGCACUGUGCGUUCUGGAAACUCUCUGCAAGGCUCACCAGCUGGAUCCCACCAAGCACUACUUGCGUCUCAAAUUCCUUAUCGAAAACCAAGUGCAAUUAUACAUUCCCAAACCAGAAGAGGAUGUGUGCGACUUGCUUUACAAAGAAAUUGAGCUGUGCUCCAAAAUUACAAAAGUAAUGCAGUUUGACAGAGAUGAAUCCUGCAUGAUUGGUUACGGUUUCUCCAUUUCUGUGGUGGAGGAGGAUGGAGUACAGCAGCUCUACAUCACGGAUGUGAAGGCGGGCGGAUUAGCCUUCGCCAAAGGUCUGAAUGCAGGGGAUGAAAUACUUCAGCUGAACGGAAAAGACUCUCACGGUCUCAACUUCUCAGACAUGAAGGCGGCUUUCUCUCAAGCUUCGCUGGCUUUGACAGUCAACACCCUGCCCUCCGUGGAACGCCGGCAGCUCUGCUACCUGCCGCCACGCCGCUCUGAUGCAGAGGAAGAUCUCUACACGGACAUCUUCUCCCAGAGUCAAGAGGAGAUCCUGGACGACGGAGUGGGACUGUUGCUGGAGAGCUCAGGAGACAGCCUGGACGACGACUCUGAGAUCUUCAGCGAGUUUGAGUGCAGAAAGAGUACGGAGCAGGUCGCUGCUUUCUGCCGCAGUCUCCAUGACAUGAAUCCCACCGAGUGUGUGUCCUCUUCGCCUAGCCCGGACUCGCCGUUUCCCCCUCCCUCAACUCUCCGACAGCUCUCUGAUGCCGACAAGCUCCGCAAAGUCAUCUGUGAACUUGUGGAGACCGAACGCACCUAUGUCAAAGAUCUUAAUUGCCUCAUCGGGAGGUAUUUAACCCCACUGCAGAAAGAGACCUUCCUCACGCAGGAUGAGCUCGAUGUACUGUUUGGGAACUUGCCGGAAAUGGUGGAGUUCCAGGUUGAGUUUCUCAAGACCCUGGAAGAUGGGACUAGAUUGGUUCCAGAUCUAGAGAAAUUGGAGAGAGUGGAUCAGUUUAAGAAAAUCCUCUUCUCCCUGGGAGGCUCGUUCCUGUACUAUGCAGACCGUUUUAAAAUCUACAGUGCUUUCUGCGCCAGCCACACCAAAGUUCCUAAGGUCCUUGUAAAGGCCAAAACCGAUCAUGAAUUCAAGGCCUUCCUGGAUGACCGCAACCCCAAGCAGCAGCACUCGUCCACCCUUGAGUCAUAUCUGAUCAAACCCAUCCAAAGGGUGCUGAAGUAUCCCCUGCUGCUGAAGGAGCUCUACGCGCUCACAGACCCCGACAGUGAGGAGCAUUACCACCUGGAUGUUGCCAUGAAAGCCAUGAACAAAGUUGCCAGCCACAUUAAUGAAAUGCAGAAGAUCCACGAGGAGUUUGGGGCAGUGUUCGAUCUGCUUAUCACUGAGCAGAGUGGUGAAAAGAAAGAGGUGGCUGAUCUGUCCAUGGGUGACCUGCUCCUCCACACCAGUGUGACCUGGAUCAACCCCCCUGCCUCCUUGGGAAAAGGGAAGAAAGAGCCCCAGAUAGCUACGUUUGUGUUCAAAACAGCAGUGGUCUUUGUAUGCAAGGAUGGAUCCAAGCAGAAGAAGAAAAUGGGUGGCUCCCAUCGUGUCUCUAUGUCGUCUGAAGAAAAAGACCCCUUCCGAUUCCGUCAUAUGAUCCCAACUGACGCACUUCAAGUCAGAUCUUUGGGCAACGCAGAUGGCGAGGGCUCGGCUGUGUGUGAAAUUGUCCACAUAAAGUCGGAGUCGGAGGGAAGGCCAGAGAGGACAUUCCAGCUGUGCUGUAGUUCCCCAGAGAGUAGAAAGGACUUUCUGAAAACAGUCCAUUCCAUCUUGAGGGAAAAGCACCGCCGGCAACUCCUAAAAACGGAGAGUUUACCCCUCAACCAGCAGUAUGUGCCCUUUGGAGGAAAGCGCCUCUGUGCCCUGAAGGGAGCCCGUCCUGCCAUAAAUAGAGCAGCAUCUGCACCAACCAGAACUCUAGGCAGAAGGAAGUUAGUGCGCAACCGUUUCACCAUAGACACCGACAUUGUUUUUGAUGGCGAGCCUGAACAGGACCUUGCUUCACCUCAGGAGCCCAAGUCAGAUCGGCUGCAGCAGGACAACAAACCAGAUGAGCCGCCGCCGCAGUCCGAGUUAGCAGGGGACACAGACCGCUGGGUGGAAGAACAGUUCGACCUAGAAGAAUACGAGGACCCGGAAGAGGUGAAGGAGACAGACAUUCUUAGUGAUGAGGAUGACGAGUUCUACCAAAAACCCAGAGCGCUGGCCGCUGAGGCUGACCUGGAGGCCCCCGUCAUGGCUUUGUCCUUGGAGAGUGAGGAAACUGAGGAGAGCGGGACACCUGAUGAUGUGAAGCAGAGUGCCGUGAUCAAUGAAAAGCAAAGGGAGAAGGAUGAAAUUUGGGUAAGAAGGCAGUGAUCCGGUUCCUCCCCAGACUGUGGCUCCAUAAAGAUCAGUCUUCACAAACAAUGCAUGGGCAUUGACAUAAAUCGCACAGCUAAGAGGAGAUAUAUCCUUCCUUACCUUACGUUGCUGAAUGCUUUUUGUACAGGUAGGAUCAGUGGAGCAAUAAAGGAAUCUAGAACGAGGACGCAGUCCCAAAUCAAAUGCUGUUACAUAGAAGUCAAGUGUUAGCCCGGAGAGAUGAACUAAUGGUACAAUCAUGGAAUUAAUCGUUUGCACAUUCGGGCAGCAUUCUAUAGUCCUGCCUGCUGUUGCCAAAUUUGGGUAUUGUGAGAACAUUUGGUAUUUGUUUUGUCUGUAUGACUCAAAGAUAUUAUCAUAGUUAAGGGCUGUAUAUUGUUUGUCCUUAAAGAAAUAGAAUAAUUGCAAAGGACAGUAUUUUUUGCAUAGUUUACUGUACUUGUACAUUUUGACAUGAAUAUACACUGACACGUUUUGGGAAUAUUUUUUCUAAUUAUGCAUAUGAUUUUGAUCUCUUGUUUUACAGACUUAAAGCUAUCUUUUUAGCCUGAAAAUUAUUUGGUUUGCUCUCUUGUGACAUUUAAUAGUGGAAUUACUGUAUGUUUUAGCCCUUAUGUCAGAGGCUAGGGGGAUUUUACAUUUGUUUGAACUUAAUCCUGUUUUACUUGAAUUUGCCGUUUUACAUUUGUUGCUCCAGUUUUGCCAUUUCAAGAACGCUUAAUGUUACAUUUCAUUCUUAAUACUUAGGGGUGCACACUCUAUUGUAGAGCAUUUGCACAUCAGUUAUUUUUAAAGAUCUUGUGUGUUAAAAUAUUUUCACUGGUAAUGGAUCACAAAGCAAUGUGUUUUUUAUUUAUUCAUAUGUAAAUUCAUUUGUUAGCAAAAAACAUUAGUAAUCUUUUUUCACAACGAAAGUCCAAAUUUGCGCAAGCAAUCAAGGGGAAAGACUUGCAGUAUGCCGAACAGUGAAAGAAGUCAUACUUGUAAACAACUCAUUGUGCUACUAAGACUGCAUUUUUAUUACUGUGUAUAUAGAAAAGUGUAUUGAUAUCAUAAUAAAUACAGUUGUUUCCUACUUAUAAUUCAAA